UCCUCAUUCAGUAGGGCGACAGCAGCAGCCUCGGUGACACUUGUCGUCGCCUCUGACUCACGACUAACGUUACUCGAGUCAGGCCCGUGUGGGUUGGGUCGGUGUGUUACCUUCCAUACUUGUACAAUAAAUAUUAUGGCGGCCGCGGAUCCCCGGUCCUCGAGUGACGGCGGGCCGGCCAGCAGAGGAGGAUUCCCGGCCGGGGAGAGCAGCAACGACCGCGACGGGCCGGGCGGCAGCAGCAGCGGCGGCGGCAGCAGCGGGGAGGGCGAACGGGAGCGGGACCGAGCCACCUUCGAGUGUAACAUAUGUUUGGACACUGCCAAGGACGCUGUCAUCAGCAUGUGCGGCCACCUAUUCUGCUGGCCCUGUCUUCAUCAGUGGUUGGAGACGCGGCCCAGCAGGCAGCAGUGUCCCGUCUGUAAAGCUGGCAUCAGCAGAGAGAAAGUCAUCCCACUGUACGGCAGAGGGAGCUCCAGCCAGGAGGACCCCAGGUUGAAAACUCCACCUCGGCCUCAGGGACAGAGAACAGAGCCCGAGAGCAGAGGCGGGAUGUUCCAGGGUUUCGGGGACACCGGCUUUCACAUGUCUUUCGGCAUCGGUGCUUUCCCCUUCGGCUUCUUCACUACAGUCUUCAACACCAACGACCCUUUUCACAGAGCAGAUCAGUAUACAGGUGAUCACCAAGGCAACGGUAACCUCAACAACGGCAAUAACAACUGGCAAGACUCCCUCUUCCUAUUUGUGGCCAUCUUCUUCUUCUUCUGGCUGCUGAGUGUGUGAUGGAGAUGGAUGGAUAGACACACGAGUGGAUCGAUGACCGGGAAGGAGCGCAAAAAAGAAAACAACAAAAAAAAAACUUUCACACACUUAACUCGAGCCACAGACACACACUUAUUUGACAUUUCCUAGCAGGUACUAACUUGGGAGAGGAAGCGGAGCAUUUGUGUUUGAUUCCAAAACAAGAAAUUCAGGAAUCUGGUUUUCCCGGCAGAUUCGCAUUAGGAUACUCAGCCCCACCCACCCCAACCCACCCCACCCGCUUUUUUUGAUUUUUGUUUAUGCAAGAAACACUAACUGAAGAGUAGUGUUGUGUGAAUCCCAAAAUAAGUCAUGUUGGCCCUCCCUCUCUGUAGGUAAACACACAUAGGAAAAUAAAAAUGAAUAGAGACACUAAAAGGGGCUCACUGUUGGGGUUCAGAGACAGUAUUAUAUCACAGUGAACUUUGUAAAAGAUCUUUUGAUUUUUGGGUGUCAAGCUGCAGAAAAGAGGUGGGUGGAGGAUAAUUCGGGGCAGUGACUAAUUCUGUUUUGGUUUUUCCUCUCGAAGGAGUCGCUGGUGUAUUCCUUAAAUAGAGAGAGGGAGUUUAGGUGGGGGUUAAAACAGGGGAGAGAGAGAGAGUGAGGAGGAUGAGAUCAUUCCUCCUCCAAAAGGCCAAAGAGUAGUGGGUUGGUCGUGUUAGACGUCAGGGGUAAAAAAUGUAACCGAAUUAUGUUCCUGUUUACAGUUUCCUCAUGAAAUGAACAACCACUCUGAGUAAUUUGUGACUUGCUCUUAAACAGCACAGGUGGAUGUGUUUUUUUAUAUAUACAUUUGUCUUAACAAAAAAAACUGCCAUUGCACUGUGAAGUCAUUUCUUGACGGGGCUGUCUUAAAGAGAAGCGCGCGCUGCUGUUGAACCACUUGUCGUUUAAACGGCCAGUUUGGGAGAUUUUUCGAAUAACACGGACAGAGAGGCUAAAAAUCUGACACACAGUUUAAUUACAGAGCAGCUUGUCAAGAGAGAAAAGUUCUAGCUCAGCGAGACGCUACACGAUCUGUCAUGACAGCAGGUGGAGUCGCUGCAUCCUUUUCGGUUAGUCUGCGGUGAAAAGGUCAGCAAGAAUUCACAGGAAUGAAACAGUUCAAUGAACUUUCUGUCACAGUUGAUUUUCUUUUUUUCCUGACUGUACGUCUCUGAGUGUGUAUACAUUAUAUAUUUGUACAUAUGAAUAUUGUAAAUUCUGUUUUUACGUGUUUUCUGAGUGGAUGAGCGACCAUGGAGAGAGGACGAGAUGCUUUUGUAAAGCCAGAUCUGGUUCCCAUUAACUUCCUUUUACUCAAAAAGUAAUACAUAAAUCAAUAAAAGCGCUUGCAAACCAAGUUAACAAUUUUGCCAACACUCUCCCAUUAAUUUAAAUAAAUGUUAUGAGUGCAGCAAA